AGAGAGUCCACGCUACCGGCCCUCGCUGGUGCUGAGAGUCAGUGCGGUUGUGGGGCGCGCAGACUGAGUCCUCGGCGGGGAGCGGAGCCUAAGAACCGAGCCCUCGGGGUAACUCCGGAGUGCCCGCUGCGCCUCUUCCCUCCCACCAUGAGGAUCCUUGCCCAGGGCUGCUUCCUCCUCGUCCUCCUACAGUUUUGCGGGCUUCUUUGCGCGGAGUCCAAGCCAUGCCGGGAGGGCUUCGGGGAGACGGAGGUCACCUUCGCAGUUGAACAAACGGGGCUAGAGCCGGGCCAGGAGCUGGGGCAAGUGGCAUUGGCCAGGUGUCCUGGCCAGGUGCUGGAGCUGCUUAGCACAGAUGACCAUUUCACAGUCAGGAGUGAUGGAACGGUCCUGGUGAAACAUCCAGUGUCCCUGCAGGACGAGAGGACUUUCUCCAUCUCUGCCAGAGACUCGCGUGGCCAGGAAUCCUCUGUCAUUGUGACCGUAAUUAGAGGGCAGACGCCCUCUGCUGAGGGAAGCCAGGAGCUGAAGUCUUCCUCAUCCAGACACAUUCUACGGAGGCGGAAGAGGGAAUGGGUUGUACCUCCCAUAUCUGUAUCUGAAAAUGAGAAGGGUUCUUACCCCAAGAAGCUGAAUCAGCUCAAAUCUAACAAGGACCAGGCCACCAAGAUCUUCUAUAGCAUCACAGGACCAGGGGCCGAUAGCCCUGAAGGGGUCUUCACCAUCGAGAAGGAGACAGGAUGGUUGCUGGUGAAUCAGCCACUGGACCGGGAGAAAAUCGCUAAGUAUGAGCUGUUUGGCCAUGCAGUGUCUGAGAAUGGUGCCUCCGUGGAGGAGCCCAUGAACAUCUCCAUUUUUGUGAUUGACCAGAAUGACAACAAGCCCCAGUUCACCCAGGAGGUCUUUAGGGGGAGUGUCACCGAAGGAGCCAUGCCUGGGACCUCUGUGAUGCAGGUAUUGGCCACGGAUGCAGAUGAUCCCAACACCCACAACGGAGAAGUCAAUUACUUCAUCCUGGACCAGAAUCCCAAGGAGCCUCAUGACCACAUGUUUACCAUUCACCGAGAGACAGGGGCCAUUAGUGUCAUCGCCAGUGGCUUGGACAGAGAGAGGGUGACUGAGUACACCCUGACCAUCCAGGCUGCAGACAUGGAAGGACAAGGCCUAACCACCACCGCAUCAGCUGUGGUAGAGAUUUUGGACGGCAACGAUAACGCACCAGUGUUUGACCCCAAGAAGUAUAUAGCUGAGGUGCCUGAGAACAAGGUUGGGGUGGAAGUUCAAAGGUUGACUGUGACAGACUUGGAUGCUCCCAACACACCAGCCUGGAGAGCAGUUUACCAUAUCACACAAGGAGAUGAGGGGGGCCACUUCACCAUAACUACGGACCCAGAGAACAACCAGGGCAUCUUAACCACCAAGAAGGGCUUGGACUUUGAGACCAAGAACCAGUUCGUUCUUUCCGUCAUGGUGUCCAAUGAGGCUCCUUUUGCGUUGAAGCUGCCCACGUCCACAGCCACGGUCACGGUGCAUGUGGUGGAUGUGAAUGAAGCACCCGUCUUCUUUCCAUCCACUAAAGUAGUAGAAGUCCAUGAGGGUCUGAGUACGGGGGAGAAACUCUUCACCUACACUGCCCAGGACCCUGACCGACAACAAAAUCAGAAGCUCAGCUAUCAGAUUGUGAGUGACCCUGCAGAGUGGAUAGUGAUUCAUCCAGAGAAUGGAGAUAUCAUCUCUAAGGGUGUCCUAGACCGGGAAGAUGAGCAGUUUGUCACCAAUAAUACCUACAAGGUCAUAGUCUUGGCCACUGAUGAUGGAAACCCUCCGGCCACGGGCACUGGUACCCUCCUUCUGACUCUCAUGGACGUGAAUGACCACGGCCCCAUCCCAGAGCCUCGCCAAAUCACCGUCUGCAACCAGAACACUGUGCCCCAGGUGCUGAACAUCACGGACAAGGACCUGCCCCCCCAUACCACCCCCUUCCGGGCCCAGCUCACUCACGAUUCUGACAUUUACUGGAACGCAGAAAUGAAUGAGAGAGGAGACGCUGUGGCCUUGUCACUAAAGAAAUUCCUGAAGAGCGAGGAUUAUGAAGUCCACCUUACUCUGUAUGACAACCACGGCAAAGACCAGCUGACCGUGAUCAAGGCCAAAGUGUGUGACUGUGACGGUCACGUGAGCAUCUGUCCGGGGGCCUGGAAGGGCGGCUUCGUCCUGCCCAUCAUGGGAGCUGUUUUGGCCUUGCUGAUCCUGCUGCUUGCCCUCCUUUUGUUGGUGAGAAGGAAGAGAAACUUCAAGGAGCCCCUCCUGCUUCCAGAGGAUGACACUCGGGACAACGUGUUCUACUAUGGCGAGGAGGGGGGCGGUGAAGAGGACCAGGACUAUGACAUUACUCAGCUUCAUAGAGGCCUGGAUGCCCGACCAGAAGUGAUCCUCAGGAAUGAUGUGGUACCCACCUUCAUCCCACCUCCACUGUACCGACCACGCCCAGCCAACCCAGAUGAGAUUGGCAAUUUCAUCAUUGAGAACCUGAAGGCAGCCAACAGUGACCCCACAGCUCCCCCUUACGACUCUCUGCUGGUGUUUGACUAUGAAGGAAGUGGUUCGGAUGCAGCCUCCCUGAGUUCCCUGACAUCUUCCAACUCGGACCAGAACCAGGAUUACGACUAUCUGAAUGAGUGGGGCAGUCGAUUUAAGAAGCUGGCCGACUUGUAUGGUGGAGGGGAAGAUGACUAGCAAGGAGGCCUUCCUGCCCUGGACAGAAUUCAUCUCUUGCUCUCUGGACCCCACUCCCAGGAGCAGAGAGCUGUACCUCAAAGAUAAAGUGGCUCUUCUGACCUGAGAGCAGACCUCAAUGUGUCAUUUGGCCUGGAGAGAAGGUUUCAAGUGUCUUGAAUUUGUCAAGAAAGUGACUUUAUCGUGAGCACUUUCCUCACUUAAAAAUUUGGCUGAAUCUGAUGGAAACUCAGUUCUGCCCCAGUCAGCCUAGACAGCAGAUCUGCCUCAACACAAGGCUGGAGAAAUAGUGACCUGGGCUGGGAUGCUCCUUUGAGUCUGUAGAUAAUCAGCCCCCAGCCCACUACUGUAAAUACCCGCCAUUCAUCCCGGACCCUGGAAGGCAUGGAGUGGCACCUAGCCAAACACAGUGCCUCUUUCCACUAGAGGUGAUCGAUUGCUCUCCAUGCUCUUCUGCCCCAUGUUUGUUUGGAGACAGCAGCCAAACAGUGGCCAGAGAGAGGCCAGGUGUCUCCAGUUGCUUCAGUUUCUUUCUGCAUUUGGAGGAAGGGGAUGGAGCCCAGAAGAUGAUGAAAUCAUCCCCAUUUUGAAUAGCCUCCGGAGGUUUUUUUGU